AUGUCCAAAUUUACGCGGCUAUAUCUGCGCGUGCCGCAACCCACGACACUAUUCGGCUGCAUCAGCCUGCAGACUGGGACAGAACUCAUCUCGCUCGCGCUUGUGUUCAACAAGGUGACGGGGGUAUACGGGCUGCUGGCGAUCCUGACUGGGUACCAGCUGUCGCUAUUGCAGCUUUCUACAUACGUGUACUCGAUUGGGGUACUAGGCUUGCUCAUCUUCCUGAUCCCACAUAUCCGACGACAGAGCCCAUUUGAGUGCCUUGCGCUGGCAUGGGUGUACAUCCUGGACGCGUGCAUCAACGCGGCGUACACGGCGGCUUUUGGGCUGGACUGGUACUUCCACAGCACGGCGACCGAUUCGGAAACGCGGCCGUCGGGCCUGACAAGCACGGUGAUGGAGAGCAUCGAGGGUCUGAAAAAGGAGAGCGCGAUCCACGGCAAGGUGGUGCCACAGGAGACUGCUAUGAGUAUGAUCUUCAUUGUGGCGGUGACGCUGAUUCGCGUCUACUUUAGCCUGGUGGUUAUGGCGUACGCGAGGCAGGCGCUUCAAAAGUACAUGCAGCUCAUGAUCAUGGAGGGCCCGGGGGUGGACGACUACGACGGGCCAUUUGCGUUGGAUCUACCGGACGGGGAGGGCCGGCGCGGCCGGCUGGGCCGAGUGAUGGUCUCUUUUGGCCGCACCUACUGGCUCGGCCACCUCGAGGACAACGGCUGGUCCGGCAACACCAGCAACAGGCAGCGCAAGGCCAACGAGCCAGGCACCCUUGCCGGUGAGGUGUAG